UCUCUCUCUCUCUCUCUCUCUCACACACACACACACACACACAUUAACAGAGAGGUCCAGUUCGUACUUCGCGGGCUCCCAGUUCAUGUGGCCGCAGCGCGCACGUCAGCAGCAGGGAGAUCAGCACCUGGACAGCGGCGGCUGGUCAAUAAUAAAGCAGCCAGAGCUCCUUCCCUGCCCAGCUGCUGGGAGCACGGGGAGAGGCACAUCACCCAUCGGAGACGGAUGGAUGAGUAAAGAAAUAUAGCGACUUGUUUACAGGAUGACUGUCAGGUAUUUUUUUCUUCUUCUCCCCUUCCGGAAGUAGCUGCUGCGUUGGUUCAAUCUCCAAGCCGACCAUUUCGAGGAGGAAAAUCAGCGCCAGCAGUAUCAUCACCACCAUCUAUGAUCCAAUAAUCAAUGCCAUUACUGCUGUGAAAUUGCUCUCGGAUGCGAAGACAUCUCCAUGCGUCUUCCCCCCCUUUCCGCCCCUCUUUAAUUAGAUAAAUCAGAGGGUGCCUUUUGUAUCAUUCUGCCUCUCUUUGACAUUUCAACGCGCCGUAUUUUUGGCUUGCAAAUGAAAUGCUGAUGGACAUCGAGCGAAGAUGGGAAAACAUGGGGCUUUCGGGUGUUUUUGUGCUAUGUUUCCAGCUAGGCGUCCUCAGUAAAAAAUGCAAAUGAAAAGGAUUGUGUUUUUGAUCUCGACGUGGAUUGUCGGGCUGAAUGGCACGGAUUCUUCGUGGAUCAACCAGAGGCUUUACAAAAAGGAGAUGAAAUAGAGAGAGAGAGAGAGAAGACGGGGAAAAUGGACCAUGAUCUGACGCUUGGGAUGCUACAGUGAGGGACAAUGAAAAAAACAACAGACAUAUUAUAAUCACAUCCGAAUCAAACUUCCAUUUCAUCUUCCGCAUCCUUUUUUCUUUUUGGAUUAUGAUUCUUGACAAGAGUCCCAGAUGUGACUGUAUGGGUGGCAUGUCGUUGUAUUUUACAUCCCAUCUUCUAUUUCCUGGCUCUGUGUUGCUCUCUCUUCCACUCGUCCACUCUCUCGCAGUCUUCUGCUUUGGGUAGCAAAAACAUGUAGGCUAUUUUUUGCUGCAAGCCCAGUGCAUCUAAAAAAAAAAAAGGUGUCUUUGAGAGGAACGGUGAAGAAAAAUGGACUGGAAUAAAAAAAAAAAAACCCGUACAAGUUGUAAUGUUUUCUGGGGUGCGAUGGAAGAUGCAUAUAGACAGCGUUUGUUGAGUUGUUUUGAGUAAUGAAUAUUGAAAGAGUGUGUCGGCCGGCUGAAAGGGAAAAUCUUUCAUCCGCAUUGGCUUAGACACACAUGCCAUCAGUGGGGCGAGAGCCUUUAUUUCUCUGGAUCUCCAAUUAAUAGGUGUUACUGAAAAUGCUACAAUAAAGAUGAACAUAUCAGGUGUAUGAAUAAUAAUAACAAUAAUAAUAUUAAUAAUAAUAGAGGGAGAGGAGAAAGGACAAAAACACUUAAUUUAUUUAUUCCAGUCUGGCGGGUUCUGUAUGUAGCCAAACAUGUUCAAGUAUCGGAUCCGCAUGUUUUUUAACGAACUGAAAGUCCUGGUGUUUAUGCGAUCCGAUUCGAGACAGUCCGGCUCAGACACAGAUAGACGGUCCACCACCAUGCGAGGUCUGGGGAUGGGCGGCUGCGGUUGGCCGCCUUUCGUCGACUGCCAUUCCCGGGAUGACGAGGAGGAGUACUACGGCAGCGACCCGCGGCCCCGGAGCCUGGCGUUUGAGGACAAGGAGCCCAAGCUGCAAGUGGGCCUGGACGCCGUGUCUCUGGCCAGCACCGCCAGCAGCCUGCGGACCCCCCAGUGCCGGAUCUGUUUCCAAGGCCCAGAGCAGGGUGAGCUGUUGAGCCCCUGCCGCUGUGACGGCUCGGUCCGCUGCACCCAUCAGCCCUGCCUCAUCCGCUGGAUCAGCGAGAGAGGCUCCUGGAGCUGCGAACUCUGCUACUUCAAGUACCAGGUCCUGGCCAUCAGCACCAAGAACCCUCUGCAGUGGCAGGCCAUCUCUCUGACGGUGAUUGAGAAGGUGCAAAUAGCGGCCAUUAUUCUGGGUUCCCUUUUCCUCAUUGCCAGCAUCUCCUGGCUCAUCUGGUCCUCCCUCAGCCCCUCGGCCAAGUGGCAACGUCAGGACCUGCUCUUCCAAAUCUGCUACGGCAUGUACGGCUUCAUGGAUAUCGUCUGCAUAGGCCUCAUCAUCCAUGAGGGAUCGUCAGUGUAUCGAAUCUUCAAACGAUGGCAGGCUGUCAAUCAGCAGUGGAAAGUACUAAACUAUGAGAAAUCAAAAGACUUGGGCGACCCGUUGAGUUCGAGCAGCAAGACGGGGGCUCGUGGCUCUCGUGGUAACCCGCACGGUCUGGCCAGCGGCAGUGGUGGGCGACAGAGCAGGAGGUUAAGAACUAUUCUGAACCACCACUGUGGAUACACCAUCUUGCACAUCCUGAGCCAACUAAGGCCCAACGACCCGCGGAUCAGCGCCGCCGCCAACCGGGAGGUGGUGAUGAGGGUCACCACUGUAUGAGUCGGACCAGGCAUGUGUGAUGGGAUAGACCUUAUCUUUGUGUCCAGAUGUAAAUGAGAGGACGGACUUAUGGACCUAAUAGUAAACACUAAAAACUCAUGUAGGCAACAGGAGCCCUGCGAGGAGCUGGGUGAAGCCCUACAGACAGCACACACUUGAGGAUUUCUCCUCUUGUUUCGUACAACAAAAGGAAAACAGAUGCUCCUUUUCAAUAAUUAAAGAAGUGAUGAAAACAGGGAUGAAAAAGCAAAGACAUCAAACAUGACAUGUGAGGCGGGAGGGGUGGGGUGGGGGUAUAAACAGGCUUUAUAACCUAAUCCAAGACGAUGAGACGUUUUUUCCAGUUCAAUAUCAGGAUGUAUCAGGAGACAUUUUUUCUUUGAUUUGAUCCUCUUGGUUUGAUUUAUAUCUAUUCUUUCUUUUUUUUUUACUCACUUUGAUUUUGUACGGACAUAUGAUUUUAGAGGAAAUCAUGUAACUCCAUACAUGCCAGGCCUUUCCAGACAACAAUGUAUAAUGAUCUUAAAAAUUUCUACAAGCUAACCGAUGCUGGUAAAUAGACCGAAAACUGAAACAAACAAACCAACAUGAGGGAAACACAAAGGUGACAACGGAACAAUAAGUCAUUACAAGUAAAAGAAAAAAAAUAAGAAAAAAAGAAAAAGACUAAAGAAACAAUAAGAUUUAAGUGACACUUAACCUUUCUGCAAUAAAGAGACAUAUGUACAUUUCACAGGGAAUUUUGCAUGGGUAUAUAAUUUUAUUCUUCAUCACAUAAGCACAUGACAAAUUUGCUCUUUUUCGAAUGGUGCUUGCCAAAAUAAACACUUUAAAAACAUCUGAUUUCAUUGCACCAACGUUUUGUCAACAUGACAAAUGGCAGUGUGUUACAGCUAUUUCAGCUAAAAUACAGAUUGUUGCUGCUGUGUGCUGAUUCAGAUUUGAUAAUAAGUUAACUAUUGGAUUAAAAACUGGGAUCAGAUGAUCUCUUACUAUUCAGUCUCA